AUGCCCCCCAAAACGGAAAGCCCUUUGCACAUCAGCCUACGAUCGGAUGGGCGCUCUUUUGUCAAGGGCAGCCCCGGCGUCCCGAACUCAAUUCCUAGAAUCCAGACAACGAUCCACAUCCGCCCCGCCAGGGGCCCUACUUUCGACUGCCGCGCCGUGACCUUGGAGCUCUUGACCACGCAGAAAGUCGUGGUGCCCUCGGCGCUCAGCUCGGGCGAAACCGUCAAGCAGACACGGGUUUUCGCCGAUCCGCUGGUCUACGUGCCGCCCGUGGGCCAGUUCUCGCAGACCAUGUUGGCCCUCGAUGUGCCGGUGCUUAUUCCGCUCGACCGCGACAUUGUGCCCAGCGGCUAUGUGGAAACGUGGGGCGCCUCCACCGUCCACACGCUCGUGGUGCGUGUUUUGCUAGGCACGUCCGUGGCCUCCGAGCAGACGACCGUGCGGGAGUUCCCCGUGGCUGUAAAAACGUACGACACGCUUCCGUUGUACCGGCAGUUCAACGAGCCCGUGUGUGAGAGCCAGGUGUCCGCGGACAAGCAGGUGUUGGUGGACGUGACGCUCCCUGCGUCGGCCGUGGGGCCGCAGGAUUCGCUCCACGUGGCCGUCAGGGUGGCCGCCAACCACCUGUACCACAAACGCAAAAAGAACCUCCAGCUCCGGCUGGUCACGCUCCAGAUCAAGGAGGUUUUCGAGGGCUUCGACGGCGGGCUUCCAGCACGCAAGGAGCGGAAGCUCCACUCGGAGACCAGGACGCACGAGUGUGCACUCUCCACGGAGGGCGUGGACAACCGCUUCCUGAUGGUGUUCCCGCACGAAAACGACAUGCUAGACUUGUACUCCGGCUCUGCGGACCAGGUCAUCCAGAAACAGCCGGUGCGCCGCAUCACGGCCUCGUUCAACAAGAACAGAAACAUGCCCAAGUUGGCCGAGGGCGUCCCGCUCACCCACGUGCAGGGCUUCACGCUGCUCGGCAAGUUGUUUGCGCUCCGCUACGAGAUCGUGCUCAAGAUCAGGCUUGCCCACGGCAAGGACGUGGUGUGCUCGAUCCCCCUCACCGUGUCCCCGUACAACCGUGCCAGCAGCACGUACCUCAUGCUGUGGAUCAUGGCCGAGUGCCAGGCGGCACGUGACGUCUUUGGCCGGGACACCGUGGCGGACAUCGUGGCCGGCCGCCGUUUCGAUGACAUGUACCGGGCGGCCCGCCCGUUCUGUGCGCCUCCGGUGGUGUACUCGUACAACCCGUCCGACUGGGUCGAGUUGGGGUACAAUGCGGACGCGUUCUACAAUCCGCGCAGCGACCGCCGGUAUGCUUGCGAGAUCGACUAG